AGAGUCUUGAAAACGAUGUUGUUUAAAUGUUUGAAAUCAAUUUUUGUUUUCAGAAAAGAAUGUGAAGUGUAAUAUUAGGUCAGUUACAUUCUUAUGAAAUUCAAUCAAUAGAUUGGAAUUUAUAAACCAAGUUUUCAUGUCCUAAUCAUAUUGAAAAACGAUGUCGUUUAAAUGUUUGAUAAACCAAGUAUUGAAAAACGAUGUCGUUUAAAUGUUUGAAAUCAAUUUUUGUUUUUAGAAAAGAAUGUGAAAUGUAAUAUUAGGUCAGUUACAUAAGAGUGCCAUGUCGAGCGAAACUCUGGCUAGGCAAAUGUUGAAGUUGAAGAAUUUUAGAGGAGAUGUUGUCAUUUUAUUUUGAGUUUGAGCCUGUACACCUCUUGAACUCAUAGAAAAAGAAAAUAAAACGGUGCCGUAUGAAUGUUGGAAAAUACAUCUUUUUAUAAAAUUGAGUCAAUAACUUUAUGAUUGUAACAAAGAAACCCUAAACAAUAAUGUUAAUAUGAUCUUGGAAGUUUUUUUUCAUGCUACAUAAUUGAUAAUAAAUCAUAUUUUUGGAUUAGAAUAGAUAUAUUAAUUAGUGAACAUAAAUCAAACUAUAUGACCAAAAUGGCUUCCACACUUUAUCUCAUAUCACACUAGGUCAACAACUUUAUAAUUAAAAUUGAUAAACCAAGUUUUCAUGUCCUAAUCAUAUUUUAAAAUCAAAAGGUAAAAUUAAUAAAAAAUUGAAUUUUUGUUUGGUUUUAAAAAUUGUUUGGCUAACAAUAAACCGACUAAACCAUCGUCUACAUGUAAUUAAGUUUUGAACUAUUAAUUCGGGGAUAAAUAGAUUUGAACCAUCAAUUUAGGGAAAAUAAGUUUAUAACUUAUAAUUGGGGGAGAUAUGGCAUGAGGUGAUAGUUUGAUGGAUAUAUGAUGUUAUAUGAUAGUUUUUGUGGAGAAAUAGUGCAUUUUACCAUUUUACUUUUUAGAUAAAUGAUAUAUCAUAAAAUUAUUGGUUAAGGGACUUGUGAUUUAGUAUAUAAAAUAUAUCCAUGUUUGUUAGAUUUUUAUCUCUCACAUACCUACUUUAACAAAUUCUUCUAAUCCUUAGCGCUGGCCACUAGAUUGAAAAACAUGAAGUUUGGAGUAGGUGUAUGAACGCUUUGAGAAGAAGUUGAAAGAAAAGGGUUUUGGGGGUGAUUUUGAGAUAAUGAUUGUCAUGCCGUUUACUGAUUGCGAAAUACCAAGUGCUUUACUUGAUAAGAUGACUCUUAUUCGAGUUAAGAAUUACCCAAGUAAGUAACUUUUGUGGAUAAUAACGAAAUAAUGCUUCAUAAGAACGCCUACAACUUAAAGAAGUACUACAAAUAAAGCAAACCCGAACCUCGAUCAUAACAAUCAAAGCUUCGAGCUAAUGGGCCAUCGAUACCUACAGCUCAGUCAAAAAUAGAACUACGAUAAGGUUUGAUUCCUCGAAAGGGGUACGUAGGCAGUAUUGUACAAAUAUAAUAGUCAUGUAAGUAUAUAAUAUAAAUCAAUGUAGUAAAAAUAGAAUUGUCAUAUGUAAAUCUUUAUAAAAAUAAAUUAAAAUGCCGGUUGUAAAACCAAUAAAUAAAUCAAUAUUAUUUUUAAACGUAUUUUACUCAAUUAUAUUAUGAUAAAUAUGUCGUAUAAGUAAGCAAUAUAUCUUUUGAGAUGUGAUUGAAAACUUUCUGCCUCUUUUUAUAAUAAAAAAUAUAUACUAAAUUUUUACAUGUCUUAUCAAAAAAAAUUGCUAUGUUUUCAAAUUAAUCUGUAUAAUUGAUCAUAAUUAAUAUUUUUGAGAUUCAACCAUAUUUUGGUAUAGAAAUAUUAAGGAACCUUAAAUGGCUUCCACACUCGGUCAAUAACUUUAUAACUGGAAUAGAGUAACAGAAUUUUAGUGUCUUAAUCACAUUUCAAAAUCAAAAGGUAAAAUAAUAUAUAUAUCAAACUUUCGAUAACAACUGGUUUAGAUUUAAUAUCAGGUGUUGAGUGUUGACCAGUUUAACAGUGACCACUAGCAUAUUCCAAGGCAUAUAUAUAUACAAGAUCAAUUCAAAUGUUCAUUAAUAAAGAAAAAGUGGUUAUCACGAUUACAUGUAUAUAAAACCUCAAUCAAUGUGUUACCUGGCAAAACCAUAUCAUCAAAUCAUGGCCGAACCAUCAUGGGAAGAGCUUCUCGGCCAAGACAAUUGGCAAAACCUUUUGGAACCACUUGACCACUCACUUCGCCGUCUUAUCCUUCGAGCAGGCGAUUUCUGUCAAGCCACUUACGACACUUUCAUAAACGACCAAAACUCCAUCUACUGUGGAGCCAGCCGUUAUGGCAAACCAUCCUUCUUCCACAAAGUCAUGCUCGACGACGCUAGACACUACGACGUGGUUUCGUUCCUUUACGCCACGGCUCGUGUAAGUAACCACGAAGCCUUCUUUCUAAGCUCCAUGUCAAGAGAGUCUUGGGACCGUGAGACGAAUUGGAUCGGUUAUAUCGCGGUGACGUCUGAUGAACGGACGGCUGAGAUUGGAAGGAGAGAGAUCUAUGUUGUGUUUCGUGGGACAACGAGGAACUACGAGUGGGUUAAUGUGAUGGGAGCCAAGUUGACUUCGGUAGAGGAACUGUUGAUGGACGGUCGAGAUGGUCCUGAGGUUAUGCUUGGAUGGUUCACUAUUUAUACAACGGCUAAUCCUGACUCACCUUUCACCAAGAUGAGUGGACGUUCACAGCUUCUGACUAAGAUAAGAGAGCUGCUAGAGCUAUACAAGGACGAGAAGCCUAGCAUAGUCCUGACGGGACACAGUCUAGGUGCAACUAUAGCGACUCUCGCAGCAGUGGACCUGGCAGAAAACGUUACAAGCUGCUCUAGCGACGUGACCCCGGUGACAGCUAUUGUGUUUGGUUCUCCUAGAGUUGGCAACAGAGAAUUCUUAAACAGAAUCAACAGACAUGAUAACGUGAGGAUAUUGCACGUGAAAAACGAAAUUGAUCUUAUCACACGUUAUCCAGCUAAGAUAAUGGGGUACGUCAACAUUGGGACCAAACUCAAAAUCGAUACUAGAGUUUCACCUUUUCUUAAAGAAACUCAUCAUCCUGGUGACUGGCAUAACCUUCAGGCAAGUCAUUAUCUAUAGACUCAAACACACAAAUAUUGGCUUUUAAAAUAAAACAGAACCGACAUUGGUCUUAAUGGUUUAUGGUUUGAAUGGAUGAUACAUGUAGUAGCGGGAUGGAAUGGGAAGAACCAGAAGUACGAGAUGAAAGUGAACAGAAACAUAGCGUUGGUUAACAAAUCGUGUGCCCUGUUGAAAGAGGAGUGUUUGGUUCCUGAGUGUUGGUGGGUGGAGAAAAACAAAGGUAUGCUCAAGAAUGAAGAUGGUGAUUGGGUCAUGUCUACUCCCGACGAUGAAGACAUGCCUAUGGUUGAGUUUGACUAAUUAUCUAGAUUUGGUUUAAUUUUUUUGUCAAACUAUCUUGAUUUGGUUUAAUUUUUUCUUUUUCUUGAUGUAUGGUUUGUAAAUGCCAAGUUUGUGAAUUGUGAGACUACUAUAAUUGCUUAUAACAAUACUCCCAAAGAUUAUAAGAGUGAAAACAUAAACGAAACUUUCAAACGGUUACCCUUGGCAAAGAGUUGACGACAUUACAUGAAAGCACUAGAUUGUUGUUUACCACAUAGUCAUUAAGAAAAGUGAAACAGCGAUUAAGAUUUUUGUUAAUCUUCAGGAGGACUUGAUGAGUCAUCACUUCUUUCCACGGAGUUUAGCACCAAGAGCUCUCUCAAGCUUAGAAAGGAUCUGCUGGUUGGGGAUAGCUUUACCAGACUCGUACUCUUGGAUCACUUGUGGCUUCUCAUUGAUGAGCUACAUAAACAAACAAACAAACAA